AAAUACCUUCAACCAAAAGUAAAUUCUCAUUCAUCAGAAAAUUCAUACUGGAGAGAAAUCUUGUGAAUGUGGGAAAGUUUCCAUUCAGAUGUCACACCUCAGUCAGCAGAGAAUUUGUAGUGGGGAGAACCCCUUUGCCUGUAAGGUAUGUGGGAAAGUCUUCAGCCACAAAUCAACUCUCACUGAGCAUGAGCAUUUUCAUAAUAGAGAGAAACCUUUUGAAUGUAAUGAAUGUGGAAAAGCAUUCAGCCAAAAGCAGUAUGUCAUUAAACAUCAGAACACCCAUACUGGAGAGAAGCUUUUUGAAUGUAAUGAAUGUGGAAAGUCUUUCAACCAGAAGGAAAACCUUCUUACCCAUCAGAAAAUUCACACUGGAGAGAAACAUUUUGAGUGUAAGGAUUGUGGGAAAGCUUUCAUUCAGAAGUCAAACCUCAUCAGACACCAGAGAACUCACACAGGAGAGAAGCCCUUUGUAUGUAAGGAGUGUGGGAAAACCUUCAGUGGCAAAUCAAACCUUACUGAGCAUGAGAAAAUUCAUAUUGGAGAAAAACCCUUUAAGUGUAGUGAAUGUGGAACAGCCUUUGGUCAGAAGAAGUACCUCAUAAAACAUCAGAAUAUUCACACUGGAGAGAAACCUUAUGAAUGUGAUGAAUGUGGAAAAGCCUUCUCUCAGCGAACGUCACUUAUUGUACAUGUGAGAAUUCAUUCAGGUGAUAAACCUUAUGAAUGCAACGUAUGUGGGAAAGCCUUCUCUCAAAGUUCAUCUCUUACGGUGCAUGUGAGAAGCCAUACAGGUGAGAAACCGUAUGGUUGUAAUGAGUGUGGGAAAGCUUUCUCUCAAUUCUCAACCCUUGCUCUACAUUUAAGAAUACAUACAGGUAAGAAGCCUUAUCAAUGUAGUGAAUGUGGGAAAGCUUUCAGCCAGAAGUCACACCACAUUAGACACCAGAAAAUUCAUACUCAUUAAAAACCUGUGGUCAUCAGGACUUCCCCGGUGGUCCAGUGGUUAAGACUCUGUAUUUCCACUGCAGAGGGCGCAGGUACAAUCUGGUUGGGGAACUAAGAUCCUAUAUGCCACAGGGCAUGGCCAAAACAAAACAACAAUGAAACCUGUGGAUAUCAUGAAAGGUGUUCAUCAGGAAUUUACACCUCAUAACAUAUCAGAAAUAAUCAUUCUGAAGGAAAGCAUCACAAAUGAGAGAAACAAAAGCUAAAAACUUAAAGGACAUCUGAGAAUUCAUCAUGAAGAGAAAGACAUUUGUAUGACAAAAGUCCUUUCUGUCCAAUAAAAAAACAUACAGCAAAGGUAAUGCUGAAACUUUCACUGCAUUUCCACUAAAAUUGGGAAUGGAAAACAUGUUUAUUACCUUGCUGUCUGCAUGGAUCUGGAGAUUUUCACCAAUGUAAUAAAAGUUGUAAGUAUUAGGAAGAGACUUUUAUGGUAUUGAUUUAGCAGAACAGAAGAGAUUCUGGAAACACCUAUGCAUUUAUUAGAAUUUAUAAUACAGAAAUUGCAUCAGGAGAUGAGAAGAUAAUGGGACUAUUUAAAAGAUGAUUUGGAGGUAAUUUGUUCUCCAGGGGAAAAAAGAUAAUGAACUAUACACAAAGGUAAGAUCCAAGGGGAUUAGAUUAAAAACAGGAAUAUGAAAAAGCUGUAUACUAAAAUGGUUAUGACUUUGGGAGUUGGGAAACAUUCCUUAUAGCAAAUUGAAAAAUACCUAACAAUUCUACUCUGAGUUUGUAUGCUCGGGAAAUAUGUAUCAGGCUGUUUACUGUAGCAUGAUUGUAGUAGUCAUAAAUUGGAAACAACUUAAAUGCCCAUCAGGAACAAAAUGGAAAAUACGUAUGAUGGAAUACUGUAUAGCUGUAAAAUGUAAUAAAUGAGAUCUAUAUGUAUUACAGAGAAAGAUCUCAAAAAUCAUGUUGGGGGGAAAGAUAAAAUUGCAGAAUGACAGAUAAUACGAUGACAUUUUGUAAAUUUGAAUUAAAACUUCCCUCACAAAAUUUCAGUGCUAUAUAUAUUGGUAAUGGAUACAUAUAUGUAUGUAUGUUUUUUAAAUGUUUUUGAAAUGGAUUGGAAGGAUACAGACCAAACUCUUGAUAGUGGUUGCCU